CGGAAGUGAAGCUGCUGCCCAAGGGAUCGCCCCCCCCGCAAGGUUUUUGCCCCUCCCCGAAAGACAGGCCGGGACUCCCCGCUCUUUCUGACGGGACUGUCCCCCAAAUGAUCAAAACCUCAAAAAGGAAAGCGGGCACGUUUUGGCUGCGGAACAGGCCCAGGGCGGGGAGAGCGCCCGCUGUGAGCCCAGAAGUGCUCCCCGGAGGCCCUAGAGCAGCCGCUCUGGCGCUCUCUUGUCUCUGGUCCUCGCGGGGACUGCAUCUCCCGUCAUGCCGCGCGGGCAGGAGCGGAACCGGAAGCUCCCGCUGCUGCUGCUGCUGCUGCUGCUCUGGCCGUCAGCCCCGCGGAUGGGCGGGAGCACCGCGGGCUGCGGGGGCCUGGCCGAGGAGGAGGCGGCGGCGGAGGAGGAGGAGGAGGCGGCGGCGCGAGCGGGACACGAGGCCGAGCGGCGGCGGCGGCGCUGCUGCUGCUGCUGAGAAUCCCGGGGCGGGGGAGGCUGGAGCCCUCGCCGCCGCCGGCCCCCCCGGGCGAGAAGAUGCCCCGCCGGAAGCAGCGCAACCCCCAGCCCGUCAAAGUGGACGCCGCUGGCGCUCCGGCCGAGCCCCCGGGAGAGGAGAGCCUGGCGCCGCCGCGGGGCAGCUGCCUCUUGGCGCCGGCGCUGGAGGAGGACGACGAGGAGGACGAGGAGGCGGAGGACGAGGAGGCGGAGAGCAGCGGCGGCAGCGCCCCGGCCCCGGCCUUCGGGAAGGAGGCGGAAGCCACCUCAAGCGCCACAUGAAGACGCACAAUGGCGAGAAGCCCUACCGCUGCCCGCACUGCCCCUACGCCUCGGCCCAGCUGGUCAACCUGACGCGGCACCUGCGCACCCACACCGGCGAGAAGCCCUACCGCUGCCCCACCUGCCCCUUUGCCUGCAGCAGCCUCGGCAACCUCAAGAGGCACCAGCGGGUUCAUGGGGGGCAGGAGCCGCCCCUGCGCUGCGGCGCCUGCCACUGCCGCUGCCUGCACAGCAGCUCCCUCCAGCACCACAGCCAGGGGCUCCCGGCGGAGGCGGAGAUGGAGGGGCCGGCCGCGGCAGACCAAGAGACAGAGGAGCCGCUCCUGCCGGGCUCCCCAUUCCUGCGGCCGGAAGAUCCUGCCGCCAGCGUGCUGCCGGAGCUGCUCUUCCCGUUCACCUGCCGGGCCUGCGGACUGGUCCUGGAGGCCGACGAGGGCCUGGGCGAGCCGGUCUGUGGGCGCUGCAGCAGCCUGGCCGUGCUGGGGGCGGAGCCGGCCUCCCCCAAAGGCUUCUCGUGCCAGCUGUGCCCCUUCGUCACCACCUACCCCAACCACCUGGCGCGCCACAUGAAGACCCACAGCGGGGAGAAGCCCUUUGCCUGCGCCCUCUGCCCGUACGCCUCCGCCCACCUGGACAACCUCAAGCGCCACCAGCGGGUGCACACGGGGGAGAAGCCCUACAAGUGCCCGCUGUGCCCCUACGCCUGCGGCAACCUCGCCAACCUGAAGCGCCACGGCCGCAUCCACUCGGGCGACAAGCCUUUCCGCUGCCGCCUCUGCCCCUACUCCUGCAACCAGAGCAUGAACCUCAAGCGCCACAUGCUGCGGCACACCGGCGAGAAGCCCUUCCAGUGCCGGGUCUGCCCCUACACCACCGGCCACUGGGACAACUACAAGCGCCACCAGAAGGUGCACGGCCAGGGCCCGGCCGAGGAGGGGGCGGGGGGGCCGGGCUCAGACAGCAGCCUGGCCUAGCGGCAACCCUGAGCCACCUCUGGACCCUGAGCUCCUUCUCUCUUGGCAGGCGGGGGGGGGGGGGGUGAGGAGCAGCAGCAGCCAGUGAGCGGCCUUUCCCCUGUGGACCUGCCUUGUCUGGGGAAGGGGCCUUCCCUGCCAGGCCUGGCUCAAACCCUUCCCAGCACAGGAAGGCAAGGCGGGCACCUGCCCCACGGACUCCCCUCUCACUGGGUGUGAAGGAGACUGCCGGCGGCUGCUGGGACUGGGGCGGGGGGGGGGGAGUCGUCCUUGGUGCUUCUCUGUCCUCUUUGUGCCUGCCCUCCCCCUUUAACUGUGGUUGCUGCUUGGUCUGUGUAAUUUAUAUGGUGUAUUAAUGCAUUAAACCGUUUUCUUAU